ACAACUCGGUUCUCACUGCAGACUUAUAUCAAACAACUUUCCUCCUUAGUUCAACAUCCACACUCUGUGUCUCUCAUGGCUGCUUCUUUUUCAUCUUCCUUCACUGUUUCACUAGUGUUGGUGUCUGUCCUACUGGGCAUCUCUUUAAUGGCUGUCUCUGCAAGUAAUUUCUACCAAGAUUUCGCCAUCACUUGGGGCGAUGGCCGUGCCAAGAUGCUCAACAAUGGGGACCUUCUCACUCUCUCCCUUGACAAGGCUUCCGGCUCUGGUUUCCAAUCCAAUAACGAAUAUCUGUUUGGGAAAAUUGAUAUGCAGCUCAAGCUCGUUCCUGGCAACUCGGCUGGCACUGUCACCGCCUAUUAUUUAUCUUCAAAGGGGGCAUCGUGGGAUGAAAUCGACUUCGAAUUCUUGGGGAACCUCAGUGGAGAUCCUUACAUUCUUCACACUAACGUGUUCAGUCAAGGCAAAGGCAACAGAGAGCAGCAGUUCUAUCUCUGGUUCGACCCAACCGCCGACUUCCACACCUACUCCAUCCUCUGGAAUCCCCAACGAAUCAUAUUCUCUGUGGAUGGAACUCCCAUAAGAGAGUUCAAGAACUUAGAGUCAAAGGGCAUUCCCUUCCCAAAGAACCAACCCAUGAGGAUCUAUUCCAGUCUCUGGAAUGCGGAUGACUGGGCUACCAGGGGUGGGCUCAUCAAAACCGACUGGACACAAGCUCCCUUCACUGCUUCCUACCGCAACUUCAAUGCCAAUGCUUGUGUUUGGUCUUCUGGGUCGUCUUCUUGCAACUCUAAUUCUCCCUCCUCUGCAUCUGGCAACAACAACAAUAGCUGGUUCUCGCAAGAGCUGGAUUCGACAAACCAACAGAGAUUGGAAUGGGUUCAGAAAAACUACAUGAUCUACAACUACUGCACCGACACGAAACGCUUUUCUCAGGGUCUUCCUCUAGAAUGUACCACCACCAGUUAAUCUUAGAUGUAUAUAUAUACACGCAGAGACUCCACGAUCUACAUCAAGGAACAGGAGUACUCGUUCCUGUUAUUCAUUCGUUGAUUCAUUUUUUUCCCCAUCUGUGAAAUCCAUGUACCCAAAUUCAUUUAUUUGUUAUACUUGUUUGUUGCCUUUCCAACAACA